CUUUAAGAGGGUUGACGAGCAGAGGGGAAAUGUAAUCGCUCCAUAACGGGCCAAAGGCUCAUCAAUUGACUGACGAGCAAGAAGGGACGAUUUUCGGAUCUUUGCUGCAUCAAUUCGCAUCUUGCAGCGUCAAUUGCCAAAAAGUUACUUUUUGUCUUUGUUUUUACACGUGGGACUAUGUUGUUAGACUACCUGAGUUGAUUAGAUUACGUGUUGCACCUUUAAGAAGCAGUCAUCGGGAUUACAAUUACGCGGUACCCACACCGUUAUCGAGGGCUUUUACGCAGCACGGAGUCCUGGGGAGUCCCUCGCAUCCGCCCAUACCCUCCCUCCUGUUCGACAAGUUCUGGCCCGUUCUUUCAUCACACCAGUUUACAUCCCAUAUCUGUUUAUUGGGGAUUCGGAGCAGUAAAGAACGGUACAAUGGCUGAGGAGCAGGGAAAAACGGGGAAAGGGAUCAACACUGGGAAACUGGCCACCAACAUGCAGAAAAGACUUAGUAGAGCGCAAGAAAAGGUCCUUCAGAAGCUGGGUAAAGCUGAUGAGACCAGGGACACAGCGUUCGAGGAGGGUGUGGCUAACUUCAACAAGCAGAUGGCCGAGGGCACCAAACUGCAGAAAGACUUGAGGGCCUACCUGGCAGCAGUUAAAACCAUGCAUGAUGCGUCCAAGCGUCUGCAGGACUGUCUGGCGGAUAUGUACGAGCCAGAGUGGUUUGGCAAGGAGGAAGUGGAUACCAUCGCAGAGGAGACAGACAUCCUGUGGUCAGAUUACCACGACAAGCUUGUGGACAAUUCCAUGAUCGCCAUGGAUACCUAUCUGGCCCAGUUCCCUGACGUUAAGGCACGCAUCGCUAAGCGGGACAGGAAGAUGACCGACUACGACAGUGCGAGGCAUCACUUUGGCUCCCUACAGAAGGGCAAGAAGCAGGACCAGGCCAAGAUUGCCAAGCCGAUGUCUCUUGUGGAGAAGGCUGCCCCAGGUUGGGCCCAGGGGAUUCUGUCUGCUCAUCAAAUAGCUCAAACUAACCUGACCAGAAACCAGGCAGAGGAGGAGUUAGGGAGAGCUCAGAAAGUAUUUGAGGAGAUCAACGUAGAUCUGCAGGAUGAGCUUCCACAGCUGUGGAACAGUCGUGUUGGCUUCUAUGUUAACACAUUCCAGAGUAUGGCUGGAUAUCAGCAGAGGUUCCACAAAGACAUGGGAAAGCUGAACCAGGACCUGAAUGAUGUCAUGACCAAACUGGAUGAGCAGAGGCUGGCCAAAAAGGCAGGUAAAGACUGGAAGCCUGGACCCAAGAAGAGUGAGGCAGUUGCCACCAACCACAGCGUUACCCCAGACGCUGCACCCAAGACGAGGCCGGCGCCCCCUGGACCCGCCCCUGUACGCCCGCCCCCCAGCCCCAGACCCUCGUUGACUCCAGCUCCAGACACGCAACAGGACAUAAUCUCGUUCGAUGGCGAAGCCCUGGUGCCCGACGCUAACACAACCGCACCAUCACAGGCAACCGCACCGUCACAGGCAACCACUGCAUCACAGCCGCAGGCGGCUUCCUGGGACUCAUGGGAGCCUGAACCCGAGCAGCCCCCUGCAGCGGAGGAGCCCCAGCAGAACGACGACAAAGAGUCCCAGGAGGCCAAGGCCGGCUGGGAGGAAGACGAGCCUGCAGCCAACCAGGGUGGCUGGGGCGAUGAUGAGACUGGGGCCGCCCCGAGCUGGGAUACUGAAGGGACACCGCAGGCUUCUCAGGCAGGCUGGGACCAGGAUGUGACCCAGACUGGGCAUUCUCAGGGUGGCUGGGGCGAUAACGGGGCCCUAGGGGAAGAGGCUGCAGAUGAUGCCACUGAUGGACAGGCAGGCUGGGGUGAUGUGGGUGCCCAGGCUGGGUGGGCAGAGGAGCCAGCUGCAGACGGAGAGGUGGGCUGGGCUGACUCUGGGCAGACUGGCUGGGCUGACUCAGAGCAGAGCACUGACACUGCUGUGGCAGCCGCUGCAGGGGCUGCAACCACUGCGGUGACCAAUGGGUCUUCUGAGGUGCUGCCGGCUGGAGUCAUUUACAAGGUCAAAGCCAUGCAUGACUAUGCUGCCACCGAUGGAGACGAGCUGGAGAUGAAAGCAGGAGAUGUUGUGCUGGUCCUGGCCUGGGAGAAUCCUGAUGAGCAGGAUGACGGCUGGCUCAUGGGCGUGAAGGAAUCUCAUUGGCUGGAGAACAAAGACCUCUUGGCAAAAGGAGUCUUCCCUGAAAACUUUACCCAGAAGUUGUGAGCCGGACAUCCCAUCCAACCUGCACUCCCACUUCCCCUCUCAUCCCCCUUCCCCUCUCCCGUCCUUUGGGACAUCUGCCAGGAUAGAAACAAACCAAAACCACAUCAUCUCAAUCCUUGACCCAUGUAUCAAAUGUGCUGGUAUAUUUUAGCAGAUUCGCACGAUUAUUGUUUUGAUUUGUUACAUUUGACUACGUAAUGUAUGUGUUUUUGCUAAUGCGGUCAGUAAUGUAUUUAUGCUAAGCUAAUGUGGCCAGUAGAAACAAAGAGUAUGCUAGUUUCAAUGAAAAAAGUAAUGGAUGUCAGACUGCUUGAACACCUUUUGACAUGUCAUGUAAAAAAAAAAACAUUAAGAGUUGCAUGAUCAUUAUACUGUAGUCAUUUACUUUGUAACAACAUCACACCCCUAGACAGAGAUUGGGACUGCUCUGGUAUCAGCUCUCAGUCCUUCAGUUCUGACUGUGAUGAGAUGAAUAAUGUACUGGUACUGGACCAGAACCUUGGGGUACACCGCACCAGAUUAAAGCAAUGUGACCUGGGUCAUGUUUGGAAGGGUACUCUACAGUAAAACGUUUUGCAACGGGAAAACAUAAAAAUCUCUGUUCUUAUUGGACAGUUCAGGUAGUAUACCUCCACAUUCACCCUACUGGCUCUGUUGUCGUUAACUCUUAAGUCUAUACUUUAUGUCUGUAUCAAACUUCAAGUCACUAUUAUUCUAUUUUGCCCAAUGAAAUGCAAAAAGACCCAGUAGCUGUUCUGAAACCAUGUGACCUGUUUAAUGUACCAUUUGCCCCUGAGAAGUGGGCUCCCUAGGCUGUCGCUCUGCUAAGAUGAAUGUUUUAUCUAUUGUACUGUCCCUCUCGCCACCUUUGUAUUGUACUGUCCCACUUGCCACCUUUAUGUAUUGUACUGUCCCUCUCUCCUAAGCAGUAGUUGAAGGGAAAUAAAGGAAACCCAGCCUUUGCUCUCUCCCUUUGAGAGAAAUCCCUCAGAGAUGUGGUCAGGAGUCAGGACACACAUCAGAAACAGGCUGCCUGGAUCUGUGUAUUUUUCUAUCAGUCCCUCUCCUGUGAAAGAGAUUCCUGGGACAUGUGUUAGGGAAUGGUGUGCAGAAGCCCUGCAGGGUUGCAACCAUAUACAUGGAAUCCAUAGAAAGGGCUUUGAAGUUGAAACCUCUAGCCCGGGCAAUUUGACUGGUAAACUCAUGUGUGCAAUGGCUGCCAGUCCACCCACUAUGCCAUCAUUGACUUGAAUGAGGAAGCCUGUUCUAUGGAUUCUAUUUCUAUGGUUGCGACAACUUUUGUGAAACACUGGAUAACUAAAGCAAGAGCAUAAUAUGCCCUCAACUCUGUGGUAUUGGUUUCAUUAGAACUCAGGUUAUGGCCUGGCUCUGAGUGGAGUGAAGCCUGUCGAUAAUGGCUCAAUCAUAAAAUCUACACCUAACUGUCUGUACUACAAUAUGUUGAUAAGUGCUGGAGGCGAGGGCUAAUUAACAAACCGCAUGUUCAGAAGAUUUUUAGAACUGUGGUCAACGUUCUGGUCAAAAGUAAGGCAACUAUUUAUGGGUGUCAUACAAUGUUAAUGUAACAAACCAUACAAGUAUCAAAGAGCCCUGAAACAAAUAAUCUCAAUGUCCACCAUGUGCCCUGCUGAAAACCAAAGUUAAACUCAGUCAAAUUAAGCCUAUGGGAUGUACUGUGUUCAACUCCUAGAUAUAGCUGAAAAUCAACACCUGUGUGAACACACUGACUGUAUGUUAAAAAUGUCUCUCAGUGGAAAGUGAUCAAGCCUGUAACCGACAGUCUUCUUUACAACAUUAAAGAUGGGUUCAACACCA